AUGAUCAAGGCAGAAGAAGAGGAGUUUGUGUCAGUGGAGGGAGAGGAGCAGGUCAAGGAGGGAGAGGAGGGAGAGGAGCAGGUCAAAGAGGGAGAGGAGCAGGUCAAAGAGGGUGAGCAGCAGGCCAAGGAGGGAGAGGAGCAGGCCACGGAGGGAGAGGAGCAGGUCAAAGAGGGAGAGGAGCAGGCCACGGAGGGAGAGGAGCAGGCCACGGAGGGAGAGGAGCAGGCCACGGAGGGAGAGGAGCAGGCCACGGAGGGAGAGGAGCAGGUCAAUGAGGGAGAGGAGCAGGUCAAAGAGGGAGAGGAGCAGGUCAAAGAGGGUGAGCAGCAGGCCAAGGAGGGAGAGGAGCAACAUGCAUUAUGA